AUGUGCGAGAAACAUUUUAUUGAAAAUGUCUCUCGAAAUAAUCAAGGUCGUAUUAUUGUAAGACUUCCUAUCAAGGAGAAUAAAUUGCGGACUCUCGGUGAGUCGCACGGUAUAGCUCUGCGUCGGUUUCACAGUUUAAAGAGAAGAUUAAGUCGAGAUUCUGCGCUGCGCUGUCAAUAUUCGGAGUUCAUGCGCGAAUAUUUAUCACUCGGGCAUAUGAAGUUGGUAAAUAUUGGGGAUCAAGCCGGAGGCGAUUCGAUCGCGUAUUAUUUGCCGCAUCACAGCGUAUUAAAACCGUCUAGUGAAACAACAAAGUUGCGAGUCGUAUUUGACGGAUCUUGCAAGGGUACAACCGGAGUCUCGUUAAAUGAUGUAUUGAUGAUUGGUCCCACAGUACAACAAGACAUAAUGUCAAUUAUAUUGCGAUUUAGAUUUUUCAAAUUUGCAUUUACUGCAGAUAUAACGAAAAUGUAUCGUCAAAUAUUAAUUGAUCCCGCACAAACAUGUCUUCAACGCAUUCUUUGGCGAGACAAUGAAAAUUCCGAAAUUCAAACAUAUGAGUUAGCAACGAUUACUUAUGGUACGUCGGCGGCCUCUUAUCUGGCCACGAGAUCUCUUAAAUACUUAGCUGAAUUAUAUCACGAGCAGUUUCCCGCAGGCGCGCAGCGCAUAAUUCGCGAUUUCUAUGUUGACGAUAUAUUGACUGGCGCCGAUACUGUCGAGGCAGCGGUAGAGGCUCGCGAUCAAAUAAUUAAAAUAUUAAAUCGUGGAUCAUUGCAACUCAACAAAUGGUCAUCAAAUAAUGCAGAUAUUUUAAACAACGUGCCGGGCGUGAAUGUUGCUAAAAUAAAUGUUAACAAAGAAUCGGUUUCACGUGUUCUCGGUAUUAAUUGGAAUUCGUCCAGUGAUACAUUUCGAUUUUUGAUCGAGCCGCAGUCAUCGCCGGUGCGUCAAAUCACAAAGCGCUCGAUUCUCUCGGAGAUUGCGCAACUGUUUGAUCCGAUUGGAUUUCUCGGACCUGCUAUCGUCAUUCCUAAAUUAUUGAUGCAAGAAAUGUGGCAGCUCGGCAUUCACUGGGAUGAGUCGGUUCCCUUGAGCAUUUAUUCUAAAUGGUCCGUAUUUAGAAGUCAAUUUGUUGAACUGAAUAAUCUCAGCAUUCCUCGAUGCGUCGGUUCCCUUGAUGAUGGCGCCGUGCAGUUGCACGGAUUUUGCGACGCCAGUCAACGGGCCUAUGGCGCAUGUAUUUACAUUCGCAGUCGAGAUUCUCAAUCCGGUUUUUCUGUUAACUUGUUAUGUUCAAGGACUAGAGUCGCUCCGCUCAAAGCGGUGUCUUUGCCGCGCCUGGAAUUGUGCGCCGCGUUAUUAUUGUCGCAAUUAUUAAACAAGGUUAGAGCGUCGGUUGACUUACAAUCGGUUGAGAUAUUCUUGUGGUCAGAUUCCAUGGUAACAUUGCAUUGGAUAUCAUCAAUAUCGCGUAAAUGGGGAGUUUUUGUCGCCAAUCGAAUUGGCGAAAUUCAGGGGUUGACGCAACGUUCAAAUUGGCGCCAUGUUCCCUCAUCGGCGAAUCCUGCGGACUUAUUGUCGCGCGGCGUGCAGCCACGUGAUUUAUUGAAUUCAUCCUUGUGGUGGCGCGGUCCUGAAUUUUUGAUGCUUGAUUCAGAUUCGUGGCCGAGUUGUGAUUUGUCGAUUGAGGAAUGCGAUGUACCUAAGCUAAAACGAUCCGAAUUACAGAAAUUAAUUUCUGCCCCCGUAGUUAUUGAUGGUACAUUGUUGAAUUUAAUUGAUAGAUUUUCAAAUUUAAAUAAAAUAUGCCGAAUAGUUGCUUAUUGUUUGCGCUGUUUCAAGUCGCGUUCACGGGUAUGUGCUGGAGCGGGCCUUGUGGUCUCGCAUCACGAGACAUCAGCUGCAUUGAAUGCACUCUGUAGAAUUGUGCAGGGUUGCGUUUUUUGCAACGAGAUCACCCUUUUAAUUAAGGGCGCGCCACUUGGUUCCUCACCGUUGGUGUCACUGUCACCUUUUUUAGAUGAUCAGGGGUUACUCCGCGUUGGAGGUCGAUUAAAAAAUUCACAAUUAACAUAUGACGCUUGCCAUCAAAUUUUGUUGCCAAAAAAUCAUCGUCUUACGCAACUUAUUAUACAGCAGGAGCACGUUCGUGGUUUGCACGCGGGCUUACAGGGUACUAUCGCCGCCGUGAGGCGGAGAUUUUGGCCUUUGUCAGUACGUUCCAUCACACGAAAGAUUAUACGAAAUUGUAUCACUUGUUUCAAGUGCAAACCAGUUGUCUCAGAAGCUAAAAUGGGAGUAUUACCACCUCCCAGAGUAACGCCAUCGCGAACGUUUUCAAAUAGUGGCGUAGACUAUGCGGGACCGUUCAUUAUACGUGAGGGCAAAAGAAGAAAUGCUCGAAAUAGUAAGGCUUAUGCUUGCUUAUUUGUGUGUCUGGCUACUAAAGCUAUCCACAUUGAGCUGGUCAGUGAUCUUACUUCUGACUCAUUUCUGGCAUCACUGAAACGGUUUAUUUCACGUCGCGGAGCACCAAAUUCUAUUUAUUCGGAUAAUGGUACAACAUUUGUUGGUGCUGCGCGACAAUUAUCGGAACUGCAUAAAUUUUUAAAUUUAGCAGACACGCAGGAGAGGGUAAUUAAGCAUUGUAAUGACUUAGGCAUAACCUGGCAUUUUAUUCCACCUAAUGCUCCACAUUUUGGUGGGCUGUGGGAGUCCGCGGUCAAGUCGACUAAGCAUCACCUACGGAGAAUUGUUGGUGAGGCUCAUCUCACUUUUGAAGAGUUGCAAACGGUGUUGUGUGAAAUAGAGGCAAUAUUAAACUCACGUCCAUUAAUAGCAUUAAGUUCAGAUCCUAACGAUUUGAGUUAUCUUACUCCGGGGCAUUUUUUGGUCGGCGGGGUGCUGGGUGGUUUCCCUUGCCGUGACCUGAGGGACGUCAACGAGAACCGACUCGUUCGCUGGCAAAGAGUGGAGCAACUCCGACAACAUUUUUGGAGCCGCUGGAGCCUCGAAUAUUUAAAUCAACUGCAACAGCGGAACAAAUGGCCAGCGAAUAAGGGCGAGCAGCUGAAAACCGGACAGCUGGUGUUAAUUAAACAGCCUGGUACUACUCCACUCAGCUGGGUGCGCGGCCGCGUCAGGGAGGUUCAUCCAGGACCGGAUGGAGUUGCUCGUUCUGCAACUAUUACUACAACGAAUGGGUCAUUAACUAGACCACUGACAAGAAUUUCCAUUUUACAGAUUGAUAUGAAUUGA